UUCAAAAUUAUAAUUGAGUUUUCUAUAAAAGCGGGUGCUGGUUUAGGAGUAACACCAUUCGAUUUGACGUUGUUGUAAGACAUACAAACACACAAAAUGAAAAGCUUCGCUCUCCUUUUGGUUUGCUUCCAAGCUUGCUUUGUGCAGAAUGUCUUCAGCCAAUGUCUAGGUACAGGCCCUUACGGUUAUGGACCAGGAAUUUUGGCUAAUGGACCUUGCACUGGACCAUAUGGACCUGAAGUCAUCGCUCCUGGCAUUGCACCCCUAGCUGGUCUCAUAGGCCCUGGACCUUAUGCUGGGUAUGGAUUAGGAGCUGAGCUAAUCGCUCCAGGAUUGACAGCAGCGUAUGGUGGAGCUGGUAUCGGGGAUGUAGCGGUCGUUGGCGAGAUGCCAGUCGCUGGCACCACCCUCGUCGCUGGGCAGGUGCCGAUCCUCGGCGCUGUGCGCUUCGCGGGCGAUCUGCCAGCCGCUGGCACUGUCACCAUCACUGGCAGCUGCGGGUGCGGGUGCAACCGCGGACCCUACUACUACUAAACAUAAAAUAAUUUAUUUUUUUAAAUCACAAUAAAACAUUGUUAUAAUAUUCAGAUACAACUAUUACUAAAUACUACAAUUGUUUUAAAAAAAUGGAUUAAUAAAGUUUAAGUAUUUGUUCUA